UCUACCAAUAACUAAAUAACAUGUGAUCAAAACUCUCUCCACUUCCCCUGCCUUUCUUCCAUUUUCCUUCAACCCAAAGCUUUAAACAAUAAAACAAACAAAAUAUAUUGGCUUGGGUGUUUAUGAUUCCCGACCACACAACGUAAUCCAUUUAACUUUCCCACCCAGCAAUCAUUUAGCUUCUGCUUUCUUCCAUCUUCUCUACCUUCAAUCCAUUGUUUUAAGAGGAAACUGGAAGGGGGAUUUCAGAUAAAACUCUCUCUCGCCUUCUAUACAUAAGCGUUUCGAGGUAAUUGCAAACAGAAGAGAGUGGAAGAAAUCCAACUGCUGUUCUGCUAAGGUUGAUUGAUGGUCAUUAUGGAUUUAAAAGGUAUAACUUGGGUUGGUCAUGUAUAUCAGAAAUUUGAAGCCAUGUGCCUAGAGGCAGAAGAAAUUAUGUACCAGGACACAGUUAAAUAUGUGGAGGAUCAGGUGCAGACUGUAGGUGCUAGUGUCAAAAGGUUCUACUCAGAUGUAAUGCAGGAUGUGAUGCAGGAUUUGCUUCUCCCAUCUUCAUUGGAGCCUGUGAAAGCAGUGGCUGCCUCUGACACGGCAAUAGAGAAAAAUGUUGGGACAUUCAAAAAGCCUCAGGUAGGUUUAAAGGUGGCUGCUGUGAAGGAUGAGGGUGAGCAGUUAAUUGAAGAUUCAGAAGUAACUUCUGAUGUUAUUGAAAAUGCUGCCCAUGUGCCUUCGUCCUGCCAGCUUCACAUGGUAGAUAACAUAUUUCACUCUUGCCCUCGGAGUUUUAUGGAAAGAGAAUCCUCUUACUUUCUUUCUAGGGAGCAUAACAACAGGAGCAUGCUUGUCAAGGCAAAUGUUGAAAAUUUACCUGCAGCUGGGGCUGAGACAGUGUCUGAAGUUGCUUGUAUGGGGAAUGAAGUCGGCAGGUUGUCAUCAUUUUCUGGAAAUGCUAAUGCAAUCAUUGAGGAGUCAUGUCAGCAGAUACCCAGAACAUCAACCCGUGUUACAGUUGGAGAAGAUGAUUGUGACUCAAUAGAAGAAAGUUGUAAUGAAAUUGAAUCUGCAAGUGAGUCUGUGCCUGAAAUUUUAGACAAUGAUUUACAGUUUUUUGAAUCGAUUGGGAUAAAAAUGGAUGGGAGAUGUUCAUCCUCGGUAAUUGGAUCGGCAGAACCAAAUGGACAAUCAAAUAACUGGACCAUGGAUAGCUCAGGGAGUGCUGUUGGUAGGAAAGAAAGUGGAACAGUUCCACCAUUGGAUAAAACAGGAGUUGAUGAAAGUUGUAUCAUUGUGAAUGAAGCUGAACUUCAUUGUCAUCCUCAUAGGCAAGGCAAACACAGACCUUACCAGAAAAAGAUUCGUGAUGCUAUUUCUUCACGAAUGAGGUCAGCAAGGAAAAUGGAGUACAAACAACUUGCUAAAUGGUAUGGGGAUGUUGGAAAAUGUGACGAGGACUCCAAGGGGAGCUCAAUGUCUGCACAAACAAGAGAGACUACAAUGAGAUCAUCAACUCAAGAUUUGUUGGAUUCAGAGUGGGAGCUUCUUUAAGUGGAGGAUGGCAGCUUUGUAUACAUCUUUAAGUAAAACCUUGCUGAAAUGCUGAUCAAACUGUACCCAAACUUACACUUCUAUAAUAAGAUUUACAAUAAUGUUGCUAAAGGACAAGAA